GCUGCCCCCACUGCCUCCUCUUCUGCGACUCCGGCGAAACCGUCAGGGCCAGGGAAGCGUCCGGGCCCCCGGAAGCCGAAGACCACGCUCGCGGCGAUCCCGAAGAAGCAGCCCGUAAAGAAGCUCACCACGCUCGACAAGUCCGCGAUGGACUGGCGAGCCCACGUCGAGGGCGAGGACACCUCAGGGGUGAAGGACGAGCUGGAGGCGAACCGCCGCGGGGGCGGGUACCUCGAGAAGGUCGAGUUUCUCCAGCGUGUGGAAACGCGCAAGGAGGAGGUGCUCGAUGCCAACAAGGGCAAACACACAACGCGCAUACAAGCCCCUCACACAACGCCCAGCACCACCGUCGCCCGCAAACUGACCUCCCUCCUCGCAGGCAGCACCACCGCCGCAGGCAGGCCCUCCGCAUCGACCUCCAGAUACUCCUCCGCGCGCAGCGAGCUCGACUUCCACCCCCAGCUCUGGCUCACCGAGAACACAUCCGGCGCGCUCGUGAAGCGCGUCAGACUCGCCCCAGUCGCGCUCGCACACACGAUCGUGAAGUACGCGCUCACCGCCGGGCGCGGGUCGCGGUACGGCUGCGGGGGCGUCACGGCGGGGGCGAUCGCGGGCAGCGUCACGGGGAGCGCGAGCGAGCCGAUGCUGUUCGAGCUGCCGUGCAGGUUCGUGGAGGAGCGCGCGAACCCGGGGGAGCUCGGGAGGGACGAGGAUAGCGCCGACCGGGCGGGCGAGUUCGGGGUUGUUGGGGUGGUGCUGGUGCGCGCGAGAGGCGAGCCCGGCACCGCGGACUGUGGCGAGAAGAUCGUGCUCCCGCUCGCGAUGAGGUAG